UUACUUGUAUCACUCGUAACUGAGAACUCGCAUGUUAACAGUACGUAAAUACACGGUCGGGUCCUAAUGGAUACAUUGUUUUUUAAUUUUGAUAAUUACUUAUAAUAUUAAUAAUCCAAUGGUUUUGAGUGUAAGGUGUCCUUCGAAUUUUGAGUUCUCACUAAACAGUACUAGCUAAUAACUAUAACAUUAAAAUAUUUAAUUGCAAUAUAUACUAUUGGUUAUUGUAUGUGUAUUGUGUAAAUAUACCUUAUCGAACUAUAAUAUUACAAUAAUACAAUUACAAACAUUGAGUCAGAUAAUACGUCAUACGUGUACCCGACUAACAACUGAUAUUUCGUCGGAAUCGGAUAACUCGUCGUCAAAGAAGUUAGCAAAUUCAAUUUUUGAAAACUUUUGGAAAAAUGGACGUUGAAGACGUUUUAAGCGAUGUGGUCACCAUGGAAGAUUUAAAGAAAUUUGAAAGAGAAUAUCAUAAUCAACUCACUACAGGAACUGUUACACAAGAAGCAAAGUUUCAUUAUGCUUGGUGCUUAGUGAGAAGCAAUUAUCCAGCUGAUAUCAGAAAAGGACUCAUAUUAUUGGAACAGUUGAUCAAACAUGAAGCUAGUGAUGAAGAUUCUAAACGAAAUUACCUUUAUUACUUAGCAUUAGGAAAUUCAAGAAUUAAAGAAUAUAGUACAGCUCUACAAUUUAUCAAAGCAUUUUUGCACAUGCAACCUGAAAAUAUGCAAGCACAGAACUUGUUGGUCACCAUUCAAAAGAAAAUGGAAUCCGAUGCACACAAAGGAAUGGCAGUGGCUGGAGCUUUAGCAUUAGGCCUUAGUGCUGUUGUUGGUAUUGGGUUUGCAUUGGCAAAAACCUUAAAAAAGUAAUCAUUCCAUUAAGUUAAAUCUAUUGAUUACAAUUUUAUUCCUGUAUAUAUUCCAAACUGUUAAAUUGAUUUAAGCUUAAAAUUUAUUACUGAUUUAUAAGCCAAACAUAAUUCAAUAUAAUAUAACAAAAUAUAUCAUGUACAUAUUAAUACCCUCAUGCAUUACAUGAUUGUAUUUAGCAAACAUCUUAGAUAAUAAUAAUAAUAAUAAUAAUAAUAAUAAAAAUAUACAAAAAUAAAAAACCAGUUACCUAUUAUGCUCUAGUUGUAUUAAAGACAUGCACAAUGAUUAUUGUUUUUAAAAUACAUUUUUAUACUAAAAAAAAAAUCAUAUUAUUUGUUUAUAAAAACAUUACCUUUUAGCUUUAUUAUGUUGAUACUAUGAAUAUUAAUGUCAUUGAUGCAUAUUUACUAUUUAGUUAUUAAUUAUUUCUAUAAUAUAACUGUAAAUUGUGAUUUAUAACUUAAUUCAAAAUAAUUAAAAGUUGUGAAGAUAAGUAAUAAUAUGCUUGGUAAAUGUUAAUUAUUAUUUGUUAUCUAUCUAAGAAUAGUUUGGAGUACAAAAUAUUUAUUGUUUUACAUACAGUGUAUGUAAACAUAUAAAUAUAUAAUAGUGUGAUAUGUGUGUAUUUUACACAAUAUCUAAAUAUGUAGUUCAAAAUUUAAUUUUUGUAGUUUGUUUUACAAUGAUGAUAAUGCAUUUUUGUUAUAAUAAGUUACAUUAAAUUAUAUAAGAACAUUUACAUUUACAAUUGUAUCAUCUGGACUGUUUUACUUUUAUGAGUUUUAAAAUUUAUCUAAGGUCUGAAAACUUAAUAUAUAUAUAUAUUUCAUAUGACAGAGUAGAGCAACAAAUUUAAACAUGUAAAUAUUAACAGAAACAUAUAAAAAAAAUAUAUAUAUAAAUAAAAAUAAAAAUAAAAGUAGGUUAUAGGCUAUAAAUUAAUGUCCAGAUUUCGUAUCCAAUUAACUACGUCCACGUUAGCUGUAUGGAUAUCAUUUAAAGUGCCUUUGAAUGAACGGAUCGGGCAUUCAGUUGCUAUAUGGGGAAUUGUUUGCUUGUCAUUCCCACAGUCACAUGAAGGAGUAGUAUGUAAUUUUGAAAACUUAAUAAAGGCAUAUAAUAAUAUUA